AUGGCAAAACCACAGCUCGCAUCUUUUUGGCACCGCCUAAUGGGGGCUGUUGGUUUCAAGAAGACUUACAACUUCAUUCUUUUCUUCAUUUUCGCCGGUGGCUUGCUUGGAUUCACUUUGUCCCGCCUCCAAUACCUAGACAUAAACAGAUUCAGACGAAGCUCUAUCCCUGGCGAAUGGUACUACUACCAACAAGACCUCUAUAAAACCGGUAUCAUGUUACACCUAGGAGCAAUCCUACCUUGUUCACUUCUCAUCGUUCUUCAAUUUAUCCCGAUAAUUCGAUACAAGGCUACUUUAUUUCACCGCCUAAACGGAUACCUUAUUAUACUUCUUUUCAUGAUUUCGAACGCGGGUGUAAUAAUAAUCACUCCCCAUGCCUUCGGUGGUGACCCUGCCACGCGGUUCAGCAAUGGGCUCCUUGUUCUGGUUUCUACAGUUUCCAUCAUAAUUGCCUACAUCAACAUCCGCCGGAAGCAAAUUGAGCAGCACCGGGCUUGGAUGUUACGAGCCAUGUUCUAUAUGGGAAGCAUAAUAACUAUGCGUCCUCUCAUCGAAAUCUUUUCACCCAUAUUCCGCUCUCUUGAGUACAAAUUUUAUGUCAGCUGGCCCUGCGAUCAGAUUGAUUUUACGUGGAAGUUCUACAAUAUUCCGGUACCAUAUACCAGCGCAUACCCUAUGUGCAAUGCUACCAUUUACCCGUGGUUAGGAAACGUUGAGCGCUACGCCCCGGUCAGAGCUGAUACAGGUUCUCCCGACCCAGUCGCUAUUGGAGCAAGUAUACAGCUCCAGUCGGCUCUCGCUGGUUCAGUAGCGACAUUCCUACAUUUCGUUGGUAUCGAAUUGUAUCUGCGUCUCACGCCUCGCGAACAUGAACGGCUAAGGAACGUGAGUUAUGAGCGCCAGGCCGCAGCGAAAUAUAAAAAUCCAGGCAGUGCAGGAUUGGUUGUCCAGAAGAUUGGUGAUGCGAACCCAUGGAUUCCACAUCAGCAGGAGGUAGAUGCAGAAGAUAACUGA